GUGCACUUUUUGGAUGAAAAUGAUAAGUAGUAUCACUCUCUUUGUCUUAUCUAUGCAACCUUCCCUUUAAAGCACAUAUAGCUAAAGAAAAGCCUCAUGCCUUUGUUUGUCUGUGGACAAAAGCAAGUGUAUAUGGAGAAGUGUAAGACUAGAGGUGUGAGAAAAGGUGCAUGGACAUAUGAGGAAGACAAGCUACUCAAGGCUUGUAUGCAGAAGUAUGGUGAAGGAAAAUGGCAUUUAGUUCCACAAAGAGCAGGAUUGAAUAGGUGCCGGAAAAGUUGUAGAUUGAGGUGGUUAAAUUAUUUAAACCCCACCAUCAAUAGAGAGAGUUUUUCUGAGGAUGAAGUUGAUAUGAUUUUAAGGUUACACAAGCUUUUAGGGAACAGAUGGUCAUUGAUUGCUGCAAGACUCCCGGGUAGAACAGCUAAUGAUGUGAAGAAUUAUUGGCACACACAUUUACGCAAGAAGAUGGUUUCAAGAAAAGAAGAAAAGAAAGAAAAUGAGAAACCUAAAGAAAGCAUGCAAACUCAUGAAGUUAUUAAACCUCAACCUCGAACUUUUUCAUCUCAUUCACCAUGGUUGAAUGGGAAAUAUAAUAAUUUUGUGACACCAAUAGUAACUGUUUCAACAAAUGAUGGUAAUGUUGCAAAAGAUAGUGAAGUAGAUACUAUUCUACCAAUUAAUGGUGAUGGUGAUAGUGCUGCACAACCAUAUCUUGAAAAUCCAACACUGUCUUCCAUGUGGUGGGAGAGUUUGUUGAACGUGAGCAAUGACAAAAUUGGAUCAUGCUCUUUACUAUUACCAGAGGAAUAUUCCAAAUUAAAUGUUGAGAACUUUCUUGCUGAAGGACCCAGUACUGUCGGUGAUUUCUCCUGGGAUUCUACCAUUUGUGAAUUUGACUCUCUUUUAGAUGAUAUCUUAAAUUAGGAUUUGAAUUUCUCUGUGUGAAGUAGCAGCAAAAUCGUUAAAUCUAAGUUCAAAAUAUUUUGCCAUAGAUUUAACGGUAUUGCCGCCACUGCAUAGGGUCAAACAUACAUCUAAUGUAGUAAGAGGUGCAAAUUUAUCAAUAAGUUUAAUUUUAGAUUUCUUUGUUGUUACAUGCACACAGCAAGUUUUAACU